AUGACUAUCAGUAUCGCAUUGAUCGGAGCAGGCAUUUUCAUCCAAGAUGCAUACCUGCCUGCAAUCCAAGCCAAUCCCAACGUCAACCUGAAAGCCGUGUAUUCGCGCUCGUCCAAGGCAGCUGCAUCCAUCACGCCAGAGUUGCCCAUUGACCGAUACGCAGAUGAUGCGGAGCAGGGACUGCAGCAACUUCUCGAGCGAUCGGAUAUCCAGGCUGUGAUUAUCGCCUUGCCCAUCCCCCAUCAAGCUAAAUUCGUCCGCGCGGCAUUGACAGCCGGGAAGCAUGUCCUUUCCGAGAAACCGAUCGCCAAAGACGUCGCCGAGGCAUCUGAGCUGGUGAACUGGUAUAAAACUGAGAUCGAGCCGAAGGGUACCUUCUGGUCUGUGGCCGAGAACUGGCGAUACACAGAGCCCGUGCAGCAGGCACGCAAGCAAAUUGCUAGGCUGGGCAAGAUUCGCCAGUUCCGGACACAGGUGUUUGUCGAUGCGAAGCCUGGCUUUGAGCAUUGGAAGUAUUUCGCAACCGCCUGGCGCAAAGAGCCAACCCACCAAGGCGGGAUCAUCCUCGACUUUGGCGUGCACUGGCUGGCCGCAACACGCUAUCUGAUCGCCCCUGAGCGGGUGAACCGCGUGUCUGCAUUCGUGGCUGCAUUCCAAGAUGUGCUGCCACCAGCCGACAGCGUCGAUGCGAUUCUGAGCUGCGAGUCUGGCGCUCAGGGAAUAUUCCAGUUUUCCACGUGUUCGAGUUUGACAGAGAGUGGUUAUACCAUUGUCGGCGAGAAUGGGAAUAUCAUCGUCAAUGGACAGACUGUCAAGGUGAGGAUUAAUGGGGAGGAAGAGGUGGAAGAGGUCAAGCCCGAAUAUGCUACGCAGUGGUCGUGCGUAGUGAAUGAAGUCAAGGCGUGGGGAGAGGGAUUGGAGAGGGGAGAGAUUAAUAAAGAGCAGAGUCCGGGUGAGGCCCUGGCGGAUCUGGAAUUGGUUGAGUUGAUCCUGAAGAGCAGCGAGACGGGGACACUGCAGGUUACGAAGCAUCAGUAA